UCGCCGAUACUUUUCAAUCUGUAUAUUAAUGAACUGAUAGUUGCAUUGGGUAGCACUCAUGUCGGCUGUCAUAUAGACGGUGUAAAUGUAAAUAAUAUAAGUUAUGCGGACGACAUGGAGCUUCUGAGUGCGUCAGUAUGUGGACUUAUGACUAUCUGUGAGUCAUAUGCGCGUCGGCACGGUCUGGUUUAUAAUGCAAUAAAAAGUAAAGUCGUGGUCUUCGAGGCCAGAGGCAAUAAUACAGAUGUUUUUCCCGAAGUCAAACUCAAUGGCAUAGUGCUAGAAAGGGUGUAUAAAUUUAAAUACUUGGGACAUCUAUUGAACUCUGACCUUAGAGAUGACGACGAUAUUGAACGAGAAAGGAGAGCGCUGGCGGUGAGGGCGAAUAUGAUAGCGCACAGAUUUGCGCGGUGCUCUAGGGAUGUCAAGAUCACUCUCUGUUUAGAUCAUUUUUCCUACAGCGGGCUUCGCGUUCAGUAUAACAACGCAUUCAGGGUGUUGAUGGGGCUGUCGCGAUGCUGCAGUGCAUCAGGGAUGUUCGCGGAGUACCGUGUGGAUUGUUUUUAUGCUACAAUGCGGAAAAGAUGCGCAUCCCUGGUGCGGAGGAUAAAGGAACUUAAAAAUUCAAUACAUAUGAAAUUGAAAUCAUGUUCUAGGACUAGUUUGAUGAUCUUAAUUCUACAAGUAACUACUUAA